CAUGCAUACAAGGAAUCCUCUGCUUGGCCAGGCAUUCAAAGGGGACCGAGCCCCGGCUCCCACUAACAGGAUGAUGGACAAUGAAGUCUUCCAGAGCUUCCUUCUCUACAGCACCAUGCUAGUCAUAAAGAUGUACUUGUUGGCAGUUAUCACCGGGCAAGUGAGGCUUCGAAAGAAGGCUUUUGCAAAUCCAGAAGAUGCUUUGAAGCAUGGAGGCCUCCAGUAUUGCCGGACGGACCCAGAUGUGGAGCGAUGCCGCAGAGCCCAUUGGAAUGACCUGGAGAACAUCUUACCAUUUCUGUUCUUGGGAUCCAUCUAUUCCUUCCUGGACCCAAACCCCUUCGUAGCCUGGCUUCACUUUUUCAUCUUCUUUGUGGGGAGGAUAACUCAUACCAUUGCCUACCUGCUGAAACUGAGAGCUCCCAUCCGCUCAGUGGCCUAUACCAUUGCUCAGUUGCCUUGUGUUUCCAUGGCUCUACAGAUUCUUUGGGAGGUCAUAGACAUCUGGUAACCAGCAGUCAGCUAUGGUGCCAUCUCUCCAACGAGGGAAGGCGACGAAUGCAGAUUUUCCAGGGUUCCGUCUCAUCCCCAUAUCCAUCUCCCUCCUCUCAUUUUGUUUCCCUACAUGACUGAACCAAGUGCCUGGUUGGCCAGACACUUGUAGAGUAUGCAUGCGUGUGCAUGCUUGUAUGUCUUUAUAUCAUCCCAUGUAUGUACUGAUAUGCAGAUGUUCUUUAAUUCCAUGGAGUCUAGUAAAGUUGCUGAUUACAACUACAGCAUAUGGAAGAGACUGAUCAGAUCCAAAAUCCUCCCAAGUUUGCUACAAAAGCACAAUUUUAAAAUUACUUGUCCAGUAUGCACCU